UGCCAACCUAAUAAUGCCUCUCUGAUGGACACAUGGGUAUACAUAUAUAUAUCCAUGCUCAGAGAAACAGAAAGACAUGUUGAAAAUAUGUUAAAGCAUCCCACAUGGCGAUUGAAACGGUGUCUUCCUCUAAUUCGAUCGUGGUUAUCAAUUUUCCAGCACGCUACUUCGCAUUAUUCUCUCCUUUGAGAAGCGAACGGUGGGGAUACGAUAAGCCAACACAGCAGGGAUUGCACACUAGAUAUUUUCGACGGUAGAAAUUCCCUGAUGCAAUGAUUAUCGCCCAGAUGCUAUUCUGGUUUUCCCAGGUUCUUCCUGUUCCUCUCUUGUGGACAGGUCUGCUGCUUCUUUUGCUUGAACAAAAGGACCUUAAAAUGUGGGCAAAAUUAUGUUGACAUUCUUCACUCCACAACUUCCAGAAACGAGAGUUACGAUAGAAUCUGAUUUUUACAUUAGCUCCUCGCCUUUCGCCUAUUGGAUCUCAAGCCCCGGGGCAACAGGGAACACCCAGGCAGCUUCAGGAACUAAGGGGCUAAUGGCAGUUGGUCGAUGCGAUGCAAGCAAUUUCGUACCUGAGCUUACUACGUAAGUUACUGUACUGCGUAGGGUUCCGAAAGGAGCAUAGCCGCCUGGACCAAUCGCUAACUUACAUCUCACCAAUCCCCAGCGCCAGUGUUGUUCCAAUUAGUUACCGCGAGAGGAGAGCACCACACAACACCCCCCCCGACAUCAGACCCUUAAUAUUAAACCUGGCACUUCACACACAACAUAAAUAAUAAUAUCAACUACCGAACAACUCCAGUGAGAUGCUUAGCGGGGUGGCUGAGGCUGAGUGGACUUGGCAGCCGCAGAAAAACCAACCCUGGGGAUCUGCUGGCCCUCUGGAGUUUGGAGACGUUUUUGAGAUGCCCUCGGAUACAGUCUUGCGAAGCCGUGAAUUCUUAAACUAAUGGUACCAUUGGUACGAAGACUGGUCGAAGACUUUGCUUGAAAAGAGCUGCAGCCUCUAUGACAACUGUUUAUUAUUAUUCAAUUGUUUUAAAGGCUCCAAGGUGGGACCGGAUCCGACGCACGAUGGAUGCAUGAAUCUGCAACCCUGGGCGAUUUAGACCCGCUGCACUGCACUUGAGUUAACGUAGGUUGGAACCAGAGCUGGGCCUGGGCGGGAGGAGAUGACUACCAGCCGUCUGCCGACCGCGGUUUCUCAUAUACAUGCAUUGCGGCCCCGAAAAAGUGCUCUUUUCUUUCCCGUUUUCUUUCAUUCCUUUCCCUAGGUGCUUAUGUACUUGACAAAGAGGCAGUUAUGUUUACUCGAAAAUCUAGCCUCUUGCUGGCCCUGGUCAACGCUUUGCCAUUGUUUGCAUCUCCUGUCCCUGAAAUCCGUGAUGUUUCUGGUGCCGACUGGCAAGCUCUGAAUGCUAGUGUCGAGGGCCGUCUCGGUGUCGCACGACCUGUUGCAAAACCUUGUUACCUGAGAUACGAGGUAGAUAGCCUCCGGCUCAAGCGGUCCCUUCAUACCCCAGACCAAGCAGUUUGCAAAAUCGCACAGGACAACCGGCGCAAUGUCGAAUUUAUCUCCGCGCAGCCCGGAGGAUAUCACAACCCAUACUAUGGGACCUGCAUGACUACUGGGCAUGGGUGUCCGCUCACAAAAUUGCUGGUGAAUGACGGCACUUGCUAUCAGGGCAACGUACCGGACUAUUACAUUGAUGUGCGGAAAGUUUCGGAUAUCCAGGCAGGAUUGAGGUUUGCGGAAGCACACGAUAUCCCCUUGGUGGUGAAGAAUACGGGACACGAUUUUAAGGGUCGCAGUGCAGGUGCUCACAGCUUGGCCCUCUGGACACACAACCUCCAGCCCCCAAUUAAAUUGCACAAAAGCUUCAGAGCCAGUAAAUGUGAGGAAUGCUCUGGCCCCGCUUUAACAUAUGGGGCCGGCCAGGGUUUCCAAGGUAUCUAUGACUUUGCUCACGCAAAUGGAUACAUGGCGUUAGGCGGAGCUUGCCCAACGGUGGGCGCGUCGGGAGGCUAUCUUACUGGCGGCGGCCACAGUCUGCUUUCCCCUGCCUAUGGUCUCGGUGUUGAUAAUGUCCUUCAGAUUAAGGUUGUGCUACCCAAUGGCACCUAUGUCACUGCCAACCGGUGUCAAAAUCAGGAUAUUUUCUUCGCGGUCCGUGGCGGCGGCGGUGCUACUUUCGGUGUGAUAGUAGAGACAACCGCUCGUGUCUUCCCUGAAGUCCCCUUGCAAACGGCAGUUAUCGCCUGGAAAGGUUCAUUGGAUAAGCAGACGACGAAAAUCCUCGUGGAUAAUGGUGUGAAAUGGGCAAAAGACGGAUGGGGAGGAUAUGUGGCUAGUCUCGGAGACGGAUCCAGCAUCAUGAUGGCGAUCACGCCCAAACUUACUCUCGACGAAGCAAAACUCUCGAUGAAAGAACUGAUUAACUUCGCCCUGCCUCGUAACGACGGUACCCUUCGCUUCGGAGUGGACGUAACGACAGUUGAAAACUACUGGGAAUUCCUCCGAACUCCUGCGAUGCAAUACUUUGGUGUCCUCGUCAACGGUAUCUCCAUCGCGCAGGCCUCGCGUCUUGUUACCGACAAGAACUUCAAAAAUAAAGGAAAGCGACGGGAGCUCACAGAUGUCCUUUCGAAAAUGAGAUACGGUCUUAACAUGGUUGCACCUUACGCGGCUGACUUGCCCGACUCGGACAAGCCUGGAGGUCCCGGAGAGGCAUCCGUCACUCCUGCAUGGAGAAAGGCAAUUUGGCACGUGGUGAUGCAGAAAGCCUGGGAUGUUGACGGCCAGAACGAGCAUCCUCCCGAAUUUUUCGUCGACCGUUUCAGAGAAGCGAGCGCGAUGGUGCGGCCACUACGCAACAUUACCCCAGAUGGCGGCGCCUACCAAAAUGAAGCCGAUACCUACGAACCAAACCAUAUCGACAGCUUCUGGGGACGGGCGAACUACAACCGGCUCCUCCGGAUCAAGAAGCAGGUGGACCCGAAGAACCUGCUGACGUGCCAUCACUGCGUCGGAGCCGACCCCAGUGAUAGCCGUCUGAGUUGCUACCCAGAGAUAUAAUUUUUUGUCUUGCUUUUCUUUAUCUUGCAGCCGGUGGAUGUUUGCGAAUUUCUAGUAUUGAUGAUGAGUUGGCUCUGUGCAACAUGCUCAUUGAAAUUUCUAACUGGGAAGUGUUGAUAAUAGAUAUUUGUGUCUUCUCUGUACAAUGCGAUAUUAGGUUUUCUAUUUAUUUAAUGGAUUUCAUUUAUCAUAUUUUGUUAUUUAUUUCAGCCCCUGUCACCUACUUUUGUUUAGUUAUUAGAUAAUUGUUGUUUUCCAUCUUACAUGUAGCCAUUUCAGCUAUUCCAAUGACGAAUAUCCAUCCCCACAGUUUCUCGUCCAUUCUAGACUCCGCGGUUUGGUGAUAUUUUGUUCCCAUUUGUGCAGUGGUCACCAACUGAGCGUCCGGAUAUCAGAUAACUAUGGUUCACACAAAUUUAAGUGUGGACUAGAUAGAUGGAUAGAUUAUUUCUUAGAAAUGCUCUGUUACAUGCUUUUCUCUCCACAUAAUGCAUUUCUUUGCAACUCGGAACUGCAAAAUGGCGGGUUGGCUGUCAUCGCAGCCCGGUACGAUCAAAUCACCAGGCUGGGAUCAUCCAUCCUUACACUCCUCCUUCCAUGGGUUUGUCUCCACGCCAAUCUCCGAGUUAAUAUAAGGAAGUUAGCUAACUAGUUAAUGACAAUAACAUUAAUAAUCCCUUCCCUCCCUGACACACACACAGACACAACCA